CGACUACGAUCGACCUCCCUGCUACCAUGCGAUGAAGCUGCUCUGCGCCCUCUCGGUUCUCCUCCUCGCGUCCGCGGGGGCCGUCUCCUCCUCCCUCCCCGUCCGGCGCUAUGGCUCCAUCUUCAACUUCGGCGACUCCUUCGCCGACACCGGCAACGACGUCGUCGUCUUCGCCGCGCACUCGCUCGCCAACCCCUCAUCUCGGCCUCCCUACGGCAUGACCUUCUUCGGACACCCCACGGGCCGCAACUCCAACGGACGGCUCGCCAUCGACUUCAUAGCGGAGGAGCUGGGGCUCCCGCUCGUGCCGCCGUCGCUGGCGCACAACGGUAGCUUCCGGCAAGGCGCCAACUUCGCGGUGGCGGGCGCCUUCGCUCGCGACGCCAGUUUCUACAGAGACAUCCCCCUCGUCGGCCCGCUCGCUCUCAACACCAGCUCCGGCGUGCAGCUGCGGUGGUUCGAAUCGCUCAAGCCGUCGCUGUGCCACCCCGCCCAAGAGUGCAAGGGCUUCUUCCACAAGGCCCUCUUCUUCAUGGGAGAGUUCGGCGUCAACGAUUACAGCUUCUCCCUUUUCGGGAAGAACCUGUCGCAAAUCAGGUCCUUCGUCCCAGACGUGGUCAAAACCAUCUCGACGGCGACUGAGAGAGUGAUCACUCAGGGGGCGAAGACGGUGGUCGUCCCCGGGAUCCCGCCGAUGGGAUGCUCACCGCUAAACCUAGCCAUGUUUCCCAGCGCCGAUCCGGCAGGCUACGACCCACGGGCCGGCUGCCUGAAGCAGCUCAACGACCUGGCCAUUUACCACAACUCGCUGCUUCAGGAGGCCAUCAAGAAAGUCCAAACCAAGCACAGAGAUGUCAAAGUCAUCUAUGCCGAUUUCUUUAGUCCUAUCAUUGAUAUCGUUGUCUCCCCUCAAAAGCUAGGGUUCAGGGGAGAGAUUCUGAGUAGCUGCUGUGGCAAAUACAACUUCAACGUCAGCGCCGGAUGUGGCAUGCCGGGGGCGACGGUGUGCCAGGAUCCAUCAUCCUAUUUGUAUUGGGAUGGUGGCCACUUCACGGAGGCAGCCUACCGAUACAUUGCCAAGGGCUGGCUAAACACCAUAAACAAUUACCAUGCCUAGCUAGCAUGCAGAUGUGAGAUAAUUGACGAUCGAAUAAUGGGGAUAUAUGUUUCCUUAAAAAGAUGAUGGGAUCUCACAUGUAUUCAAAAUUUCAAAUACUUGUAACCUAAUCCGACAUUAUGCGCGAAUAAGAAAACUACAUAUUAAA